AUGAGAAUAUGCCUGAUUGAGCUCUUCAGGUGGUUACACCGUGAAGCAGUAAGGAGGAAGGAAGGUAAUGAAAAACACAGUAUUCAGGUGGCUUCUCAACAAGAAGAUGGUGAACCUACACUACAAGACAUGGCUGUACUUAUUGAACAAGUCACUGGAGUUCCGGUUCCUUUUCAGAAACUGAUAUACAAAGGGAAGUCUCUGAAAGAGUUGGAACAACCGUUGUCAGCACUGGGUGUUAAAAAUGGUUGCAAAGUCAUGUUGAUUGGGAAAAGGAAUAGUCCAGAAGAAGAGGCUGAAUUAAAGAAGUUAAAAGAUUUGGAGAAGUCAGUGGAGCAUAUAGCUAAUAAGUUAGAGGAAGUUAAUAAAGAGUUCACAAGUAUCCAGAAGGGAUUUUUAGCAAAGGAUCUCCAAGGAGAAGCACUAAAGCAGCUGGACAAGAGGAUAAAAGGAACUGCAGAGCAGUUCAUGAAGAUCCUGGAACAGAUUGAUGCCAUUAGUCUGCCAGAGAAUUUCAGUGAUUGCAAACUGAAAAAGAAGGGGUUGGUAAAAAGGGUUCAGGUUUUUCUUGCCCAGUGUGAUACCAUUGAAGGAAAUAUUGGUCAAGAAAUAGACAAGCUACAGUCAAAGAAUUUGGCACUGGCAGAAUGAGGCAUUGCCCUACUUAAUUAGGAAACAUAAUUGCUCUAUGAGCAAGAAGAAAAGUUUGCUCUUUGUUUUGGAGCAUGUAUUCAGCUUUUUUUUUUUCCUUGUCUUUUUUUUUAAAGCCCAGUCUGUUAGACUGGUACCAGUCAAUCAUUUCUUGCUGGUUGUCUUGUUUGCCGCUUGGUUAGACCUGUUCUUUUGAAAAGAAAAUCCUUCCUGAAGAAUGGCAGAAAUAAUCUUUGUGGUGAAUUGUUAUGUGUCUUAUGGACAAAUGUUUAGUGAACUAAGUUAUAAAGUUUGCAGUGAUGGGCAAUUUUGUCUGAUAUGUCCUUGAAUUUAUUUACAGCUCAAAUCAAAGAAGGUCUGUAAUCGUACAGGUGCCAUAAGUUGUGAUUGUAGGACUUCAGCUUGAUUGAAAAAGGCAAACUGAGACGACAUCUGGGAAAGCAGAACAUUCUAGUAGACAGUUCAGAGCAAUAAAAACCCCAACCCUACGCAUUUGUAUCUACUUAAUGUUUGUAUGCAUUUUUAAAUAUAAGAAAGCUUGACUAUAAGGGAGUCGUACCUAUUUUAGCCUUAAAUUGUCAUAAUAAAUGGAAUGUACUGUAACAUGUAUGGUACUUAAUUUUGAGUGGUGCUUUAAGUUGUAACUGAGCUCCUUGAUACAGACAUACGUUUUUUAC